GUGUUGGUUGAGGAAAAAAUUGAAGUGUUCAGCAAACAAAAGUUACACUGCUAUGCAGCUGAGUACAAAGUAGUUAGCAUCAACCUUGGACAAGACAGAAACUUUGUUCAGCUCUUUCUGAUAGUUCUUUAGUUUGCAUGAAGUUGCCAAUCAGAAAUUCAAGAUGCAGAGUGAUGAAAUGAUAUGGCAGCUAAUUGGGCAUCAGUUUUGCUCAUUCAAGUCGAAAACACAGACGCAGACAUUCUGCAGGAAUGAGCACAACUCCACCGGCUUGUGCAAUCGUCAAUCGUGCCCGCUGGCAAACAGUCGAUAUGCCACUAUUCGUGAAGAUAAAGGUAUAUGUUACCUCUAUGUGAAGACCAUUGAACGAGCACACAUGCCAGCCAAGAUGUGGGAGAAGAUCAAGCUCUCCAAGAACUACAAUACGGCACUUCAGCAGAUUGACGACAAUCUGCUCUAUUGGCCAAAGUUUCAGACUCACAAGUGCAAGCAGCGCUUCACCAAGAUAACGCAGGUUCUCACUCGGAUGAGAAAGCUGAAGUUAAAAACAAGUAAAAAGCUGGUGACAAUAAAUAAAAAGGUUGACAAGCGCGAGGCUAAGCGCGAGAAAAAGGCAUUGAUCGCAGCCAAGGUGGAGAAGGCAAUAGAGAAAGAACUGCUAGAGCGUCUACGAGAAGGAACAUAUGGUGAGAUCUACAACUUCCCGGAGACGGCAUUCACAAAGGCCCUGGACGAGGAAGAGAUCAUGUCCGAGUCAGAGAAUGAAGAGGAUGGUGAGGAAGAGGAGGAAGAGGACGAGGAGUAUGACGAAGACGAUGAGGUAGAGUAUGUUGCGGAUGAUGACUUUGAUGGAAGUGAUCUGGACAUGGAGGAUUAUGGUGAGGAGGAUGGAGAUGAGGAGGAGGAAGAAGAGGAAGAAGAGGAAGAGGUGGCGCCUGUGAAGGUUGCCAAGCGUAAGCGCCGUAAACAGAUUGAAGUCGAGUACAAUGAUGGUCAGGUCAAAGGCAAGCGGUUACGGCAGUCGUGAGCUUCCGAUAUUACUGUCUGUCUGUACAUACAGUGUAAAUUCCAGUUAAAACAUCUACUCCAAAUGAGAGGUUGAGUAAAAACUUUGUCCUGCACAGUCAUAUAAAUACAUCAUGGAACACAUCAUGGAACACACAUCAUUGUAACUCUUAUACAUUCUGUACAUAAAAACAAUGUGUUCUUUGUACAGAUGAUUAUUUUCUGUUGUUGGUCCUCUAGUCCCGGAUGGCAAUUCAUGAUAGUGGUUGACGAGAUUUUAUUUCCUGUUAUUUCCUGCCUUUUUCCUAUUAUUAUACUUGUAAUAUUAUCUGCCUAUGUGACA